GCGCUCGUUCAACAUUAUGUGUAUCAUUAUUCGCAUUAUAUACGGGCUGAGUGCGCUCGAUUCGUCGAUUUCGUAACGUUAUUUUCGAUUUUCUUUUCUUCCAAAGAACUAAAACGCGUAGAGUUAAUGAUGGAUGAUUAACGUUUAAUUUUUCGUACAAAAAAUUUUUUAAUAUCAUUGAACCUGACGUCACAGUUUUUGCAACUCCCUCUUUACGAUCCGAGUUUCUCUCCGUCCUUCUCUCUCGUAUAUAUCGCAUACAUGCGAGGAAGGAGCAAUACCGCAGCAGUAUAAGCAGCAGCAGCAGCAGUACUCAGCAACAGCAGUAGCAGUGAUUGCAACGUUUUUACGCUUGUAUAUCUCUCGCGCGACGACGACUGCUCGAUGCGUUACAUUCGUUUAUAUCAGUGAUAAUCUCAUCGACAUCAUCAUUAUUGUACUUUGAAGUUAUUUCCACUCCGCGUUUUUUUUUUGCUCGUCUCUCCUCUUUCGCAUCCCAAGCAGCUAUCUCGCAACAGCAGCAGUCGCGUAUAUUAUUUGCCCACGCAUAGUGUGCUGUAAACACACACGCACGACUUCCGUUAACUCAAAAAUUAAUUUCUUCUAACGAGCGCUUCAUGUAUAGCAAUUAUAGUUGAUCGUGCAUCCUGCCGUAUUAUUUUGGAUUUAACUAUACGUGUUUACCCGUGUUUUUUCGACUGCGUGUACUCGUAGUACUCAUGGUGUGUACUGUGAAGCGUGCGAACGUGCAGCACUCGUCUCGCACCGAAACAAAACCUGAUUUAAAGCACUGAACCGAGCCAGCUUUUUAGUGUGUUUGUGCGUGCGUGUAUAUGUGUGUUAUUAAACAUGCAUGAAAUGCCAAUGAGGUGUUCUGCUAGGACGAGUAGUGUUCAGGACAACAGUGAGCAAUUGCAACAUGAUAGUGUAUUUUAACACGAGCAUUAGCAUCUGUUAUCGAUAUCAAAUACCUCGAUGCCAUGGGCUCCAGGCUUAGAGAAAACGUGAAGCAGCUUUUUGAAUGCUUCUGUGAAGUGGCUCAACCAAAUGGAGAAAAACAGCCAUGGAUUUUACAAAAGUUCCCUGACACCUAUAACGACACAGAAGUACUGAAAUCAGUUCCUAAAUUUGCAUACCCUUGUGAACUUGAAAACACUACAAUCCAACAUUUUUCAUUUGUCUUGACAAGUAUUGAUUCCAAAUGGACAUUUGGUUUUUGUCGUCAUGAUCCCAAAACUGAAACAGCACUUGUCGUUCUCAGUGCAUUAGCCUGGCAUGAAACAUUUUACAAAUUAUUAAACCACAUUGCCACAUUAACAGCCAGUAAAUAUGCAGGUGAUUUAUGGCAAUUUCUUGCAGAUGUUUAUGAAGCUAAUAUUCCAAUUUCUGGAGCCUCCAUUGGUAUUCCUCUUCCUGAUGGAAAAACUACGUUCAUGUGUCAAAGGCCAAAGCAAUUUCAAUUGCCAAGCAUACCUGAAAAUAGGAACCUAACAGAAUACUUUAGUGCAGUUGAUUCCCAUAACAUGAUGAUGAUUUUUGCUUCCAUGUUGUACGAAAGAAGAAUAAUAUUUACUUCAAAAAGAUUAUCCAGAUUGAGUGCAUGUGUACAAGCCUGCAACGCUUUGAUCUAUCCCAUGAUUUGGCAGCACAUAUACAUACCCGUUUUGCCUAUUUCAUUGAUGGAUUAUUUGUUAGCGCCUAUGCCAUUUCUUAUCGGGGUACCGUCUCCGAUUCUCGAGCGUGUUCGGCAAAGCGAUUUGGGAGAAGUCGUCGUACUCAACGCAGAUGACAAUACGAUUCAGUCACCUUUUCAAGAUUUGGAAUCGUUACCUCAAGACGUGGUAACGAAUCUGCGGCGAGCUCUGCGCAACAGACCGGCCCUCCUUGGCGACGGCGUGUCACGAGCGUUUUUGCGCGCACUAGUCCAAUUAACGGCCGGCUACAGGGAGGCGUUGACCUUGCAGCAGGGCGAGGCCGGUCAGCACAUGACCAUAUCGUUCGAUCAGGAUGCCUUCGUCGAGAGUCGGCCCAUCUCCAUGCAGCCCUUUCUCAGGAAAAUGCUCGAAUUACAAAUUUUCCAACAGUUUAUCGAAGAGAGACUGCACAUGCUGAAUUCCGGUCUCGGAUUUUCGGACGAGUUCGAAAUGGAGGCGUGUAAUUAUUCCGAUAAAUCUGGCAACAAAUUCAUGCAGCAGUAUCGCGAGUGGACGUACGCCAUGCGCAAGGAGGGAUCUGCCUUCAUUCGUAGCGUAAAAGAUAGGGCCAAUCCGGCGGUUAAAUCAGCUGUCAAAUCGGUGAAAGACAAAGGAAAAGACAUGAAGACGGCGUGCAAAGGGCUCAAGUGGAAAGGUCGAACGUCUCGGGGCGAUAAUUUUCAUCAUCAUCACCAUCAUCAGCCGAGAUCGGCGCCGAGCUCGCCGACUCUCGACCGCAGGCCGAUAUCGAGCUCUUACGCGUCGCCCUCGAAGUCGCCGAGCGGACUCACGCCUACCAGCAGCUAUCGCAAGGAGCUGCGCAUUCGUAACAGUAACGUCGAAACUAGCAGAAAGCAGUACUCGCCGCUGUCGCCGAGCUCGCCGGAGGAGCAAGACUGCUCGCCGCCGCCCGCCAGGCUCGACAUCGACCUGAUGCACGAGCUGCGCGACGUCAUCUUUCCGAACACGCCGCCGGUCGAUCGAAGCCUCAAACCGGUGCGAAGUCUGGACAGUUUGCGCUCGACGUCGACUUGGUCCGGAUCGUCGACUACCACCAACAGCAGCAACAGCAACAACAGCACUACCGCCGGUGGUGUCGGUGGUGGUGGUGGUAGUAGUAGUAUUAGUAGUCGGCACCGACGGCUCCAAGGCCCGCCACUGGCACCAACGCCAACAUCGGCAGCCGCCGCCGCCACCGUUAUUACCUCGUCCUCCAAACCCCUAGCCGAUCGUCCAGCUCCUUACGAGUAUUAUCAUCUUCCAAAGAGACAACAACAACGGCCAUCGAUUACCGAUAAUAGCAAUAAUAGCAAUAACGACCUAGACGCGAAAUUAGACGACGCGAACAAGGACAACGACGUCGACGACUACGACAGCGACAACGACAUGAGAACGAAAAAAAAAUCCUUCUUGUCGAGAAGCAAGGAUGCAAAGACUACGACGACGACGACGACUACGCACGAGUUCAGCAAUCCGUUCGUUGCCAUUUACGAUCAGCCGAAAGCACUGCUCGCGAAUCGUCUGAGGACCGACAAUCCGUUCGAAAUUUACGGCGCCUCGUCGGGCGCCGCCGCCGCCGCGUCGUCCGCGCUGAAUAGUCAUUUGAACGGGCAUGCCGCCGAUCCGUUCGACACGAGCCGGGCGCUCGAUCCUUUUGGCAUUUCCGAUCCUCUGUUUCGUAGUACUAGUAGCGACGAUACCACCACUUCCACUACUGCCGCAAGCUCCAAGCAACAGCAGCAUCGGCAGCAGCAGCAUCAGCUUUACGGAAGCUCGAAAGCGAGUAAUCGGGCUUCGCCGCUGCGAAAAGAACGCACGUCGUCGUCGUCGACGUCGGAGGUUCAGGACUUGAUCAGGCUCGACUCGACCAACAGCAGCGAGGAGGAUUUCGAUCCGCUGCUGCAGAAGGCCAAGAGGAGCGACGAGGUCGACGCGGCCGGUCUUCCCAAAAACAUGAGCCAGUCCCUGCAGAUGCCCGUGAUAAUGGGCGAGGGCCUGAGCAAUCCGCUCUAUCCUUACUUCGAGCCGCAGAAGCGCAAAUCCGACCUCAUCGCUAACAAUCAGACGAGAACCGGCGAUCUGGAUCUGCUGCAGGAGUACGGGCUCGACUUUAACAAAUUUAAUUUAUCGAACGGCGGCGGCGGGCCUGCGCCCACCAAUACUCAGCUACUGACGGCCGCCUCGUCGUCGUCCACGCCUCUGACCGAGCCAACGUACGCCAACAGUAGCAAUAACAAUCGGCCCUUCGGCUCUCCUUUCGCCAGCCAACAGACCGUCAAAUCGCCGAGCAACUGGACCAAGUUCGAGUAAAAGACUCUCCUCCGCGCCCGCAACAGUUUUCCAAUUUGUAUAUGAUUACGUAUGCCGAUCGGUGUAUACGUAUAUUGAUACGAAUUUUCUAUUGAUAACACAUUUUAUUUCGAGAGAGAGAGAGAUGUUUUUAACGACCGUCGAGGAAAAAACUUUUUGUAAAUUUUCCGAUAUUUCGUUGUUUUUAUUUUUUAAUUGUAGAAAUCGAUUAUUAGUACAUAAGCAAGUAGACCGUGGAUCCUUUAUAAAAAUUGUUGAAUUAUUAUUCGAUGGAGGAAAAGAGAAUGAUUUAUUUGUGCAACAUACGCGAAAACAAGAAUCGUGCAGUUUUCAACCGAUUAACUUGUAAGGCUAACAAAUUUUAAGAGUACUGAAUCAAAUUUGUUUUUUAUAGAGCUAUUUUAUACUGAAGGUAUAAAUCGACGUUUUUGAAUGAUAUAUCAGUGUAGAUUGUCUGUGAUGAAAAUAAGCUACUUUCAAAUAAAAAAAAUUAUUUAUUUUAUAACUAGAAAAAGAUUCUUCUGCAAAUAAUAAUGAUGUAGAUAAAAAUGAAUUGGAAAAGUUUGCACAUGUAGAUGUAGUUCUAGAGAGCUACUAUUUUUCGGGGUAAUCGCGAGGCGUAACAGGCUAUUUCGUUUUACUGGAGAUUUGAUACGCGCAAAAAUUACGAAUCAAAAAGGCCUUAAUGCGAGAAGUAAGAAUGAGAAAAUAAUGUGCUUACUACUCAAGCAAUUCGCCGUACAUUUUUAUUUGGUGAUUUUUAAAUUAAAAAUUUUUUCAAUUUAUAACUGAAUUAUUCCUUAUUCGUGUGAAUAUUCACAAAAGAUAACUAGAAAUUAUUUUCCACUCAAAUGAAAUGAAUUUUGACUGUUUUCAAUAAUAUUUAUAGAAUUUAAAAGAAAAA